GUAUCCGGAUAAUUCCAUGGAGGAGCAUUUAGGAGGAGACCGGGAUCUCUACAAGGACGUGAGUGAAUGUGAUGAUGAUGUUGAAGACGAGAUAAAACAGGAAGAGGAGGAUAUAAAAGUUGAGGUUAAAGUGGAGACUCCUUUGUUCAUUGCUCCCUACUCCUGGACUUCCACAGUGUGUAGCGGAGAAUAUCCUCCAUGUAGAGCUGUGUCAUCCGGGGGAAAGUGCGGGAAAUCUUUUAAACGGGAAAGCAACUUUUUUCAACACCAGAGAGUUCACAUGGCUGAGGAUCCUUAUUCAUGUUCAGAGUGUGGGAAAGGUUUUACUCAUAAAAAACAGCUACUUAUACACCAGAAAACUCACAAAGGAAGCCGUUUUUCAUGUUCAGAGUGUGGAAAAAGUUUCAACGUUAAAAGUACACUUCUAACACACCAAAAGAUUCAUACGGGCGAUCGCCCAUUUUCCUGUUCAGAGUGCGGGAAAUCAUUUAUUCAGAAAGGAGCUCUUGAUAGACACGAACGAUGUCACACAGGUGAACGUCCUUAUUCGUGUUCAGAAUGCGAGAAAACAUUCACGCAAAAAGGAUACCUUGUUAAUCACCAGAGAAACCACACAGGUGAUCGUCCUUAUUCAUGUUCAGAGUGUGGGGAAAGUUUUACUGAGAAAAGAUUACUCCUGUCACACCAAAGAACUCACAUGGAAGAGCGUCCGUAUUCAUGUUCAGAGUGCGGAAAAGGUUUCACAGGAAAACGUAAACUUCUAAGACACCAGAGGAUUCAUACAGGUGAGCGACCUUAUUCAUGUUCAGAGUGCGGGAAAUCUUUCACUCAAAAAGGAGACCUUGUUAAUCACCAGAGAAUUCAUACGGGUGAGCGUCCUUAUUCAUGUUCAGAGUGUGAGAAAAGUUUCACCGCCAAAAAAGUGCUGCUCGCACACCAAAGAAUUCACACAGACGAGUGUCCUUAUUUAUGUUCAGAAUGUGGGAAAGGUUUCACUGAGAAAAGAUUACUCCUGUCACACCAGAGAGUUCACACUGGUGAGAGACCCUAUUCAUGUUCGGAGUGUGGAAAAAAGUGCGGCAAAUGUUUCACUAACAAAAGAAAACUUUUUUUACACCAGAGGAUUCAUACGCGUCCCUUUUCUUGUUCAGAGUGUGGGAAAUGUUUUGCACAGGAAAUGUCCCUUCUUAUACACCAGAGAAAUCACACGGGUGAGCGCCCAUUUUCCUGUUCAGAGUGCGGAAAAAGUUAUUCACAGAAAAUGUCCCUCCUUAGACACCAGAGAAGUCACACGGGUGAGCGUCCUUUUUCGUGUUCAGAGUGCGGGAAAUCAUUCAUGCAUAAAGCCGACCUUGUUAUACACCAGAGAAGUCACACGGGUGAGCGUCCUUUUUCGUGUUCAGAGUGCGAGAAAUCAUUCAUUAGUAAAGGAUACCUUGUUGCCCACCAGAAAAUUCAUACCGGUGAGCGUCCUUUUUCGUGUUCAGAGUGCGGGAAAUCUUUCAUUCAUAAAGCAUACUUUGUUAUACACCAGAGAAUUCACACUGGUGAGCGUCCUUAUUCAUGUACAGAGUGUGGGAAAAGUUUUGCAGGUAAAGAAGCACUCAGUAUACACCAGAGAAUUCACACGGGCGAGCGUCCGUUUUCAUGUUUAGAGUGCGGGAAAUGCUUUACUUGGACACAAGCACUUAUUGAACACCAGAGAAUUCACACGGGUGAGCGUCUUUAUUCAUGUUCAAAGUGCGGGAAAGGUUUUACUAAGAAAAUAAGGCUUAUCAGACAUCAAACAAAAGUCCUUCUGGGACAUUUUAGUAGUCCCUCCAUUGACCUCCUACCGGCAACCUCCCCUCCCCGGGGCCCAAUCUGUCCAUCCCAGAAACACAAGCUACGUCUGAACACAUCCAAGAAAACCUGCAAAAAGGUUCCAUCGCCGGCCCCCGGCCACACAGGAAGAGGCGGGGACACCCAGGAACAGUCCAAGCAGGCACACAGGAAGAGGCGGGGACACCCAGGAACAGUCCAAGCAGGCACACAGGAAGAGGCGGUAACGCAGGAAGGCUUUGUACAGCAAGUCCGUAGCAUGUCUGAGCCACUACGUACACAGUUCCUGACUGAUGGGUGCGCCCUCUAA